AUGGGGAGUGAUGAGAAUCCUGCUCACAAGCCUCUGGAAGCGAAAGUUUCAUUGGGUCUGACUUGUGGUAAAGAGGAGAUUGUGGAGGAGCUAAGGAACUGUCUGCCCAAAUGGGUUACACAAGAACAAGUAACAGAUAUGAUUAGAGGGACAUGGAGGAACGUAGUCGAAAUAGUUGACGAUUUCUAUGAACACGAGACUAUAUUCUACGACCAAGUCUCUGCUGUCAUAUCUUUCACGUCUAGAGAUGGGAUUGGUUCGGGUAACACCGAAGCACUUGUUUCGAAACUGGAGUUUAUCCACGAGAGAGAACAAACUUGUCCUUCGUCGCAGCAGUUUCACAAGCUCAAGAGCAUUAGUAGUUCUCAGAAGAGCAGCAUUUCUCCUGUGAAGAGGAACAGAAAAGUCGUUGGUAGAUCAAAGAAGAAAGGAAAAGCUUCUUCUAAGGUGGAACAACCUGGAGGGCCAAAGCAAGCUUCAAUAACUAAAUUCUUCAACAAAGUUCCCUGA